UGCCAAACAUCCAAACCUCCCCCCCUACAAUGAGUAUGCUCACCUCACAUCUGCCCUUCUUUCUAUGAUGAAACUAGCUCAAGGAGAUACCAUUCACCAAGUUGCAUGUAAUUUUUAUUUUAAGGGGGCAGCAAACUGUGGGAUGGGGCAGGAAUGAGAAACUAUGACCUGGAGCCACGUGGGAUGUGGGACCUUCCUAAACCAGUACAAAAGCCAGCAUCUACUGAACGACCAAUCGUCCAGAGAAAAAGAACUAAAAAUGGAGGACCAAAAGGCACACUCCCGAGGGGGUAAUCAUUUUGGAGAGAGGAGAGGCAGAAAGCAAACACACAGAUCUGCAGCCAUGAAGAGGCAAAGCUGUGGUUUGGACUGAACCCCUGGACAGGCUGGAGGAAGGACUUAGAACCAUGGGGAGGGAGGAGGUAUGGUGAGACAUCAACAGCCUUGUGUGCAGUGACCUCCAUUUACAGAAACACCAGUGGCCCUCAGCCUGGACCAGUUCUUGUUUGCAUGUACCUGCAAUCCAGACCUUUUUAAAAAAAAAAACCCACACCUCUACCUCUUAACUGCAGAGCUCCAUUAAUUACCCACUGUUUGCAAAAUGCUAUCCUUCGGUUACCUUGUAACAUAAAACACCUUUUAAAUCUAUAAUCCCUCUUCAUAUUUAAUAGAUUUUUCCUAAGGAAAGAUGUCGAGAGAGAAACGUCACAGAUGUUAAAAAGGUAGGCAGCGUUAGCAGGAGGAGAUAAGGAACGAUUUCAGAGGGUUCGGUUACCUAGCAACGUCCCUUGCAGUUGCCUAAUGGCAUUUUGGAAGUGCAGAGGCUCCAGACCGGCUGAAGUGAAGGGACAGAGGGGUUGGAAAGCAGCGGAGCUCCGCAGCCCGGCCCGAGCACACGACACAGCUGCUUUCAGCCAAGACCGCCGCCGCCCCGCCGGCGGCCUCCCCACACGGCAGGCGCGGGCUCUACUCGCGGCCUGGCCCGACGACGUGGCCGCGCUCCCGGCGGGCAAGCGGAGGGGCGGAAGAAAGGACGGGUUUCCGUCCCCACGCGAGAUUCCCGCGGCGUGGGGGGUGCAGAGCGGCGGGGGAGGCCGCGGUCCUCCCGCGCCCCCCACCGAUGGCGGCGGCGGCCGUGCGCGCGCGAGACCGGGGUGGACUGAGCCAGCUGCCACGCGGCGGGGCUCGCCCGGCGGGCAAGGGUUAAAUGCGCGUGCUGGGGAAGCCGGGGAAGGCCCCGCCCCCCGGCGCUCGCCACCCAAUGAGCUCGGCGGCGGGGCGGGGCGGGGCUGGUCCCCGUCGCCCCUCGGCCCCCCCGCCGGGGUGCGCAGCGCGGGGCAGCGGGAUGGUGCCGCCGGCGGCGGCGUGGGGCGGCGGGUCUGGCGGCGGCCUCGCUUGCGCGCGGCCAACGGCUGCCUACGGGCCGCGCGGCUGAGCGCGCGCCGGCCCCCCGCCGGCCGACGAGUGUACUACCUUCAGGAGAUGGCCUCUUCUAAGUCUUUGAUGAACCUUCUAACCUUCACUUUUGGAUCAGCAAUAGGAUUUUUCAUAUGCUAUCUUCUGUUUAGCAUUAUACUAGAAGAAGAGGUUAAGAUCCAGCCUCAUAUCCUUCACAAUGAUCCACAUGGUCAACACUCAGCAGAUAGCGAUAACAAUCAGCUGCAAGGACAAAUGAAUUUCAAUGCAGACUCUGGACAGCAUAAAGAUGAGAAUAAAAAUAUUGCAGAGGGACUGUAUCAGAAGGUGAAAAUACUGUGUUGGGUCAUGACUGGACCUCAAAAUCUAGAAAAGAAAGCCAAGCAUGUUAAGGCCACUUGGGCCCAGCGCUGUAAUAAAAUACUUUUUAUGAGCUCUGAGGAAAAUAAAGACUUCCCAACUGUGGGCCUGGAAACCAAAGAAGGCAGGGACCAACUGUACUGGAAGACUAUUAAAGCUUUUCAGUAUGUAUAUGACCAUUAUUUUGAUGAUGCUGAUUGGUUUAUGAAAGCAGAUGAUGAUACAUAUGUUAUAUUGGACAAUUUGAGAUGGCUUCUUUCAAAAUACAGUCCUGAACAACCAAUAUACUUUGGAAGAAGGUUUAAGCCUUAUGUGAAACAGGGCUACAUGAGUGGAGGAGCAGGAUAUGUUCUGAGCAAAGAAGCUCUGAAGAGAUUUGUUGCUGCAUUUAAAACGAACAAAUGCUCUCACAGUUCCUCUAUUGAAGACCUAGCACUAGGAAAAUGCAUGGAGAUCAUUAAUGUGGAAGCAGGAGAUUCUAGGGAUACAAGUGGUAGAGAAACCUUUCAUCCCUUCGUUCCAGAACAUCACUUAAUCAGAGGAUACCUACCAAAAACAUUCUGGUACUGGAAUUAUAAUUAUUAUCCUGCUGUAGAGGGUCCUGGAUGCUGCUCCGAUCUAGCAGUUUCAUUCCACUACGUUGAUUCCGUGACUAUGUAUCAUUUGGAAUAUUUGAUUUAUCAUCUCCGUCCAUAUGGGUAUUUGUAUCGGUACAAUCCUGAUUUGGCAAAAAAUCCAGAAGAGCAGAGCAAAGAUGAAGCACUGGAGGAUAAUCAAAAGCUAAAGCAAAAAAUUAUUGAGAAUUAAUUGGACUUGGAAGAAAACAAAAAGAAGCCAGUACGAUGAAUAAGAGUCUCCUCAAACUCCUGCAUGAAGCUUGUGGACUAAAAUUACUCAUGGCAAUUCUUAUUUCAAAAAUCAUGUUGGCAGUACUUCCUGUCACUGUCUGUGUACAGUAGAGUCCGGUGCUGGCUCUGACUGGGAUAGUGUGACCUUGCAGCCCUGCUCAUGAAGAUUUGAGGCGCUAAAGCUGUGAAAUAGGAGGUUGUUCUGGUACACUAAUAUCUGGAAGAAUUUGUAUAAAAACCAUAGUGGAUGGGUUCAAAGAUAAUCAUACAGUAUUUCUGUUCCUUUUUCUGUUCUCCUCUGUUUCCUUCCAGAUGUUCUGUUAGGUCAGUUCUAAUAUUCGAAAUUGGAUGCUGUACAGUCAAAUACUUCACAAUCGUUUUCUCUAGUAUUUUCAAUAUCUUGAAGUUACUUUGUGUACCUUGCCCUAUAAGGAAGGGAGAGGUACGGAAAUAGUCUCAAGUCUGCUUUGCCUUAACGACAGGCUGGUUAAUAUGAAUAGGCAGAGAUCCACCCAAAAGAUUAACCUAAAUUGUUUCAGAAAUGGAAUUCACUGCUAUGAAUUAUUUUUUAAAUUUUUAAGUCUCUGUUGUACAAAACAAUAUGAAGUUAGAUCAACUGUUUUAGGGAGAAACCCAGAAAUAGUUACGACUUUUUAGAUUGCUGAGGUGAUGCAAGCUGCUUACAUAUUUGCCUGUGGGGUUUUUUGUUUUUUUUUUUUUUAUAUUAACUUAUCCUAUUGGUUGAAUGAAUAUAAAAAUUCAUCUCAGAAUUUCUCAGCAUAAGGUAAGGUAGAUGCUUUUUGAAAUAGAAGUCUCUCUUCAAUCACUCCUUCCAUGUAAACCAGAAAGAAUAGUAUCUUAGCAAAGUUACAAUGGCAUUAUAACAACUUGGUUUCAGCCAGUAUUAUAAUUAGUUUGUUUCCAUUUAAUUUUCACAUCACUAUACUUUGAGAUUGUGGAGUUACCUUAUUCAUUAAAAUUUUACAGAUACAAGUCCUGUUUUAAAACUGCAGCAAAGCCAAUUUGAAUGCUUCCCUACGCAUCUAGUUUAUUUGUCUGAAGUACUUAAUUUCACUUUCCUGAACAUUUUUUUUUUCUUCCAUUUUAAAAAAUUUCUUCUGUACCUGCUUCUUGUUGCCUUUUCCAGAACAAAGUGUUAAAUGAUCCUUAUUUCACUCUUUUUGAAGCUGAAGUAUAUAGUUAUUCAGCUAAGCCAGCCUGAAUGCAAGAAUCUUUCAAAGUGCAUUAACUUUCUCCACUACUUUAUGAGUAUCUCUGCCUCUUAACUGAAAACACUUUCUUUGUGUGGGACAAAAUAUGUGUUUUAAUUACUGAAAAAAUUUCAGAGGCCAAGCCUAUGUUUUAUAUAGUUAAUGUAAAACUUUCUGGUUUUCUCUUUUUCAAAUUGAGUGACUAGCAGUAUGGGGGAUGGGGUUAAGCUUGACAUGUAGUGUGUCUUUAUUCUACACUUGAACAAAAGUUUCUUCAUCUUUUUAUCACUUUUCACCUUCAUCAUAUUGAUGAAUUUGGACAUAACCUAACUGCCUCCAGUCACUGUUCUGGAAAGGGCACAUACUGGUAGCAGACAGCCUUAUUUACUACUGCUGUCCUUCAGGAUGUUCCUGGAAGAGGAUGUUACCAUAAAGUACUGGAUUUUUUUUUUUUUUUUUCCAAAGAUAGUUCUUGCACAUAUUUGGUUUCUAUCUGUUGUGCAACAGUAAAGAGUCAUGACUUCCUUUCUGACCAUUGCUCUGCAGCAUGAUGGCAAUUACUGAAAUAUCUCAUGGAGUUGAAGUAUUACAUGCAUCUUCUCUCCCUGGAUAUAGGCUGGGUUCAUGUAUCAAGUAUUGGUUGAAUGAAUAGUUCCUACAGGGUUAAAUCUGUUGGUCUUUUAUGAGCAAGACUGCCUCUGAAGUACUGAAAGGGACAUGAGCUUUAUUUUAUGUUAAUUGACUUAAGUAGAAAAUUCUAACUGCAUUUGUUUAAAAAAGGAAAGUCUCCAGUUUGCUCUAGUCAGAGGGAUGCUUGUCCUGAAGAGACUGAAUGGUACCAUGCUGAGAGGUGCUUCCUUCUGCGAGCUAAAUGUUUAUCCCACGUGCAGCACAAACCAGUAAUAUCGUGAAAUCCAUAUGGGAUUGAUGACUCCAGUGGCAUUGUUCGAACAUGCAAUUAAAAUUUUCUGGAAUACUUAAGGAAGUUAUAAAAUUAAAUCAAGAUUCCAACUGAAUCUCUUUGUAAAUUCAGCCCAUGUAGAAGUUCUACUGAACUACUGUACUGUUCUUUUAUUACUGCUUUUUUCCUCAGUUCAUCCAUGGGGAUUUAAAGAUUGCAGAACUAAUCUUGCCUAUUUUCUGCAGAUUUGAGUCCUGUGUUUGCCCUGUGAAGUAACAUAAUUUCCUCUUCAUGUUCCUUAACUAUUCUGACUAUCCUGUCUUUGGGUUUUCAGUUUCAUUGUGCAUAAGUCUCAGGUGGACAAGAGGAAGCAGUUGGUGUUAUGUUUGAGCUCCACACAGGUUGGUUGCUGAGGUGGCAAGUCAAACCAGCCACUGCUCAAUGGUGAAGCCUUUUCUCAGCAGCAGUUCUAAUUCUUGUCUGCUGCCCAACUGGAGCUUGUGGGUUUAGUAGAACAGGGCAGGAGUGUCCCUUUCCACAAAACAUGCAGGAUCUUAGAGGGAAUGGAGAAACAAAGGAACAAGUUCCAUUUCUUGAGGGAAUAAGGCUAAGAACAUACUACCUUGUAAUAAAUAGGUGGCCUGUCUGGAGAAAUAAGAGUAGCCUUGUCUUCAAAUGUCCAUUCUUGCUUUGUUUUAAAGUGUCCUUGCGCUUAGGCCUCUGAAUCUAUUUCUUUUGCAUAAAAGCACUGCAAAGAAUUCUUUUUUCCUUCCAGACAAGCUAGUAAAGUAUUGUUUUUACAUUCUGUGAUUAUAACAGAGGACUGUUCUCCGUUGAAUUGUAUUGCCAUAGCAAUGAGCUGAUACCUCUGAAAUAAUUGGUUUGUGUCUCGCUACCUUCAAAAGCUUCAGUAGACAAGGUUGGAAUGUGAACAGUUAGUAUAAUUUUCAUGUACAAUAUCACAGUACUAUUAGUAGUUUGUUAUUUCACUCUCAGGUCUUUGUGCUUUGAGAAAGUGUUUAUUGAGUUUGAGUAUUUCUGUAGCCCAAGGAGGCUACUGUAUUUCAGGUGGAUAGACCUUUCUGAAGCACAGCAACAUAGGCUCUCUUAGGCUAUACCGAUUAUGGCUCUGUGGUUUUGUUGUUUUGUUUCUAGAAGAGGUUUCUUAGUUUUACAAAACCUAAAAGCUUCCAUUGGCACUGUAGUGAUUUAAAUGACCCAUAUAAAAAUUUUUGAACUAGUUUUCUUGAACUUACUAGGCGGCAGUUGUUUGCACUUGGAUGUGGGAAUGUCACUUAGUGUAACAUUUUAAGCUUGUGUUAAGUGGUUUUUUUAGUUCAGAAAGAAUGAGAAUGCCAAGAAGUUAUCUUCUGAUUACUGUUCUUAAUCAGAGGGUAGUAUUAAUCUUUGUUUGCAGAAAAAGACCGAUUUUAAUUUCUUUCACUCCCAGUUCAUUUUUGCAGUCUAUAUUGGUCUUAUUUAAGAGGUUAAAUGCUGGUGACGUUAGCACCAUGUCUCAUUUUGCAGAAGCUUUUUUCCCAGUACCUUUUGCCUUUAAGGACACUUUCUUUGUUUUCCUUUGGUGGGGGUAUAUAUUGAAAAUCACUGUCUCUUCACAUGUUGCCAUUUGUUCUGUUAGGCUUCCAGAAGUAUAAAUUUUAGUGAGUAGCUGAUAGACCUCUUAUAAACAGUUUGCUAUCUGAGCAGGGUGUUUUAUCUUUGUACGACAGAAAAGCACGGGUUAUUUCUCUGAUGUGCCUGCUACUGAUGUUGAUAGUGCACACACAGAUGAAAAUAGAUCCCUCAAUGCAGGACCACUUGGAAAGGCAAUAUUGUCUUUUUUCUGUCAAAAAAAGCUUCUGUGGAACUCCAAAAGUGUAAUUUGCUUUGUUUUACCAUGUUGUAUUUAAAAUACUUCACAAAUGUUAUUAAUGCUCUAAAAGAAUUGAAUAUUGCUGCUGGACAGUAUGCUCCACUUAAAACCUGUGAAUGUUUCACUUUGCAGUUGUAGGUAGUUGUGUCCCUAAUGGCAGAUAUAAGUUGGUGACUUGUCUGGAAUGAUCACCAUAAGGAUUUGUUUCUUAAAUACCUUCUUUGAAGUGCCUUUGACCAAUUUUUAGCAUCAAAAUUAAGUUGAGAAUUGAAUAAAUAAAAUAAGUUAUCUC